UGUCAUUACGGCUGCAGAAGCACCAACCAAAGGCAGCUGGCACGCCUCUUCAUUGGCUCUUAUAUAAUAUGGGGUUUCACAGGGCACUGAUGUAGAAAUAAAGUCAAACAUUCUUGAGGCAGACUCAUAUUACUUGUCGUAUCGCUGGUGCUCACUGCGCUGUGGGGUGUAGGGCUGCUCUCAGAAGGGUGGUCUGUGGCCCUAUCUGAGUGAAUUUUGGAAGGUGUACAGGAUGGCUCCGAGUGAGGCAGUGGAUGAACUUGUUUUCUUUGUGAAUGGUAAAAAGGUGGUGGAAAAAGAUGUGGACCCAGAAACAACUCUGCUAACUUAUCUGCGAAGAAAAUUGGGCCUGUGUGGAACCAAACUAGGCUGUGGAGAAGGUGGAUGUGGUGCCUGCACUGUUAUGAUAUCCAAGUAUGAUCCCUUUCAGAAGAAAAUUCUCCACCAUACUGCCAAUGCUUGUCUCUUCCCUGUCUGUGCCCUGCAUCAUGUAGCUGUAACUACUGUUGAAGGCAUAGGAAACACAAAAUCCAGGCUGCACCCAGCCCAGGAGAGGAUAGCAAAAAGUCAUGGUUCCCAAUGUGGCUUUUGCACACCAGGCAUUGUCAUGUCCAUGUAUACAUUGCUUCGGAACAACCCUGAGCCCAAAAUGGAAGACAUUGAAGAUGCUUUCCAAGGGAACUUGUGUCGAUGUACAGGCUACAGACCCAUUCUGGAAGGAUACAGGACAUUUGCUAAAGACAUGAAUUGCUGUGGCAGAGUUGCCAAUGGCACUGGAUGCUGUCGUAGUAGGAGGGAAAAUAGCACGAAUGGGGGCUGCUGUCAAGGAAAAGCCAAUGGUCCAGGCUGCUGCAUGAAUGGAAAAGAAGACAGUGUGACAAUGCUGUCCUCCAGCCUGUUCAAUUCUUCUGAGUUCCAGCCUUUGGACCCCACACAGGAGCCAAUCUUCCCACCGGAGUUAAUGACUCAGAGGAACAAACAGCAGAAACAGAUGUGUUUCAAAGGCGAGCGUGUGAUGUGGAUCCAGCCUACAUCUCUCAAGGAAUUGGUGGCUCUCAAAUCCCAGUACCCCAAUGCCAAACUCGUUGUGGGGAACACAGAAGUGGGUAUCGAGAUGAGGUUAAAGAACUUCUUGUAUCCGGUGAUAAUAGCACCAGCAUGGAUCCCUGAAAUGAAUGCUGUUCAGCACACUGAAACAGGGAUCACCAUCGGCGCUGCCUGUACCCUGCGCUCAGUAGAGGAGGUUAUGAGAAAAGCAGUGGCAGAGCUUCCUCCAUACAAAACCGAGGUCUUCCAGGCUGUCCUGGAACAACUGCGGUGGUUUGCAGGGCCACAGAUCAGGAAUGUUGCUGCUCUUGGUGGGAACAUAAUGACAGCAAGCCCAAUUUCUGAUUUAAAUCCCGUGUUAAUGGCAAGUGGAAGCAAAUUGACUCUGGUAUCAAAAGAGGGCAAAAGGACUAUCACAAUGGAUGAAAAGUUUUUCACUGGGUACAGAAAGACAGUAGUUAAGCCUGAAGAAAUACUUCUCUCUGUUGAAAUACCCUACAGCAAGAAGGGUGAAUACUUCUCAGCUUUCAAGCAGGCUUCCCGUCAUGAAGAUGACAUUGCUAUUGUGACCUGUGGGAUGAGAGUCCUGUUCCAAGAUGGCACUAGCCGGGUGGAGGAGAUAAAACUAAGCUAUGGAGGAAUGGCUCCUACAACUGUUCUGGCAUUAAAAACUUGCAAGGAGCUCACUGGCAGAGACUGGAAUGAGAAACUGCUGCAGGAUGCCUGCCGCUUACUGGCGGGUGAGAUGGAUUUGUCUCCCUCCGCCCCUGGUGGGAUGGUGGAUUUCCGACGCACACUCACCCUCAGCUUCUUCUUCAAGUUCUACCUGACGGUCCUUCAGAAACUGAGCAAGAACCUCAAUGGCACUCAGAAAAAUCUGUGUGAGCCCAUCCCUUCAAACUACAUCAGUGCUACAGAGCUGUUUCACAAAGAUCCCAUUGCAAAUGCCCAGCUCUUCCAAGAAGUGCCCAGGGGACAGGCAGUUGAAGAUAUGGUGGGACGGCCCUUGAUGCACGUUUCAGCAGCCAAACAAGCAAGUGGAGAAGCUGUUUACUGCGAUGACAUCCCUCACUACGAGAAUGAGCUGUAUCUCACGCUGGUGACCAGCACCAAAGCCCACGCUAAGAUCCUUUCUGUAGAUGCAUCUGAAGCUCAGAGUGUUCCUGGAUUUGUGUGUUUUGUCUCUGCCAAGGAUAUUCCUGGCAGUAACAUCACUGGCAUCACUAACGACGAGACUGUCUUUGCUGAAGAUGUGGUCACUUGUGUUGGUCAUAUCAUUGGUGCAGUCCUUGCAGACACACAGGAACAUUCCAGAAGAGCAGCUAAAGCUGUGAAGAUUAAGUAUGAAGAACUUAAACCUAUUGUCACAAUUCAGGAGGCUAUUGAGAAACAAUCAUUUUUUAAGCCUAUAAAGAGGAUUAAUAAGGGAGAUGUGAAGAAAGGAUUUGAAGAAUCUGAUCACAUUUUGGAAGGAGAGAUGUACCUUGGUGGCCAGGAGCAUUUCUAUCUGGAAACUCACUGUACUCUGGCUGUGCCAAAGGGAGAAGAUGGUGAGAUGGAACUCUUUGUGUCAACUCAAAAUCCAAUGAAGACACAGGAGUUUACUGCUAAUGCACUGGGAGUCCCUUCGAAUCGUGUUGUGGUUCGAGUGAAAAGAAUGGGAGGAGGAUUUGGAGGAAAAGAGACUAGGAGUACUAUCUUGACAACCGUAGUGGCUGUUGCAGCCUUCAAAACUGGCCGCGCAGUGAGGUGCAUGCUGGAUCGAGAUGAGGACAUGCUGAUAAGUGGUGGGAGACAUCCCUUCCUGGGGAGGUACAAGGUUGGUUUCAUGAAGAAUGGGAAAGUCAAGAGUCUGGAGGUGUCAUACUACAGCAAUGGGGGCAACUCUGUAGACCUCUCUCACGGUGUUAUGGACAGAGCCCUGUUACAUUUGGAUAACUCCUACAACAUCCCCAAUGUCAGCAGCGUGGGCACUAUUUGCAAGACCAACUUGCCUUCCAACACAGCCUUCCGUGGCUUUGGAGGGCCCCAAGGAAUGAUGAUUGCUGAGUGCUGGAUGAGUGACCUUGCUCGGAAGUGUAACCUGCCACCUGAGGAGGUGCGGAAGCUCAACCUCUAUAACGAAGGAGACGUAACUCAUUUUAACCAGAAGCUGGAGGGAUUUACUCUACGAAGAUGCUGGGAUGAAUGUUUGUCAAGCUCUAGCUAUCAUACCAGGAAGAAACUAAUCGAAGAAUUCAAUAAGCAGAAUCGCUGGAAGAAGAGAGGGAUGUGCAUCAUUCCUACUAAAUUUGGCAUCAGUUUCACUGUCCCGUUUCUGAACCAGGCUGGAGCUCUGGUCCAUGUGUAUACAGAUGGCUCUGUGUUACUUACACAUGGGGGGACUGAGAUGGGUCAAGGACUUCACACCAAAAUGAUUCAGGUUGCCAGCAGGUCCCUGGGAAUCCCCACCUCCAAAAUUUACAUCAGUGAGACCAGCACAAACACUGUCCCAAACACCUCCCCGACAGCUGCGUCCGUCAGUACGGACAUCAAUGGAAUGGCCGUCCAUAAUGCGUGUCAAACUAUCUUAAAAAGACUGGAACCGAUCAAACAGUCUAAUCCCAAAGGAUCCUGGGAAGACUGGAUUAUAGCCGCCUACCAGAGCUGUAUUAGCCUGUCGGCCACAGGGUUUUACAGAAUUCCUGACGUUGGCUACGACUUUGAAAAGAAUGAAGGGAAACCAUUCUCCUACUUCAGUUAUGGCGUUGCUUGCUCUGAGGUUGAGAUAGAUUGCCUGACAGGUGACCACAAGAACAUUCGCACAGACAUUGUUAUGGAUGUUGGUACCAGUCUGAACCCAGCCAUAGAUAUAGGACAGAUAGAAGGAGCAUUUGUCCAAGGCCUUGGGCUCUUCACCAUGGAGGAGCUGCGCUACUCUCCUGAAGGAAACCUAUACACUCGAGGGCCUGGGAUGUACAAAAUCCCAGCAUUUGGAGACAUCCCAACAGAAUUCUACGUGUCUCUUCUCCGUGACUGCCCAAAUAGCAAAGCAGUUUACUCAUCCAAGGCUGUGGGAGAACCACCUCUAUUCCUAUCUGCCUCGGUGUUUUAUGCCAUUAAAGAUGCCAUCUACGCUGCGAGGAAGGACUCUGGCCUGACUGAGCCAUUCAGGUUGGACAGCCCUGCCACCCCGGAGAGGAUCCGCAAUGCUUGUGUGGACAUCUUCACCAAAAUGUGCCCUUCUGCUGAGCCAGGGACCUUUAAGCCAUGGUCUGUGCGUGUGUAAAAGGAAAGUCUGGGAAGCAAACUCUGCUGAAACUGAGCUUACACCAGAGGAAGCACAAGGCAGAAGGACUAUAAUGGAGAAAAAAAUACCUGUGUUCAUGUGGCUCACUCAGGGAUUCAUGGAGCUUUCACAUUUAAUUGUCCAAUCACUGUUUUCUCUAGGAGAAGGAAUUGCUGCCAGAUUAUAGCUCCAAUGUAAACUCAAAUGAAGUGGAAGCUGAUGUUAUCCAGGUGUAAUUGAAAAAUCUUAGGUUUCAUAUAAAAUUGCUGCAAUGAUGCUUAUUACCAGCCAGUGUGAAAUGGCAGGGUGGUUGUUUCUUUUUUUUCCUACUGUGGGGAAAGAUGGACCACUUAGUUAUGCUAUGCCAAGAAGGACUUAAAUGUGUUGAGCCUAGACAUACAGUCCUCUCACUGAGAUGGGGGAAGGUCUAAGAGGCACUGAGGGCUGGACUCUACUGUGUCCCCUCUGCACAAAAAGCCAGAUAUAUGCUAGAGGAAGAUGAGGAGGACUUUUAAUGUUAGCUAACAGAGGUCAUCUUUCCUGUGUAACAGAAGUGCUUCAGAGGAAAAUGCUAAAAUGUGACCAAUAACUGAUUUAUCCCAAAUUAAAUGACUGUUGUUUUGUCUGCACCAGUGCUUUAAUGAGAUCUUAGUUCAACUGCUACCUUGUCUUGUCUGAUUAAAGAUAAAAACUAGAUAUACCAAGAGAACUUCCAUCAAGAUGCUACUUUGUUUGACACAUCCUUUUCCUGUCCCACACCUACAUAUCUUUCCCCAUAUUUAAAAUAGGAAAGGAGAUCAGCUACCUUGGAGUAACAGAGAAAGUUGCUCAUCAUUGUUCCCAAGGAAAUUUGUACCAGCCUAAGCAAGGGGCACAAGGAGGAUGGACACAGCCAGGGAUUAGCUGACUCUGGUUGCCCUCUAGGGUCAAUCCCUUGCUGUCAUGCUAUGGUCUUCCCUUCUUUUCAAGAGAACUCUUAGCUUUGCUGAAUGUAAGAGAAUGGGUACCUUUUGCUACAGGGACUGCUUGUCUGAAAAAUGUGCUGACUAUGUGAUGACCCGGUGUCGUCUGGAUUGAAUAUAUUUUUUGUGUUGGAUUUAGGGCUGGGCAUCCCUCUUGACAGGUUUUGUCACUGUCAGAUUUAACACUGUAGCAUCUUGUUAUCCCUAGAUGAUGUCAGCCAUGUACUUGUAAUUGCUCAUCAUUUGCAAACUGUUAUGGUUCUCUGGCCCACAGCUUUAUGAAAAUGUCCUUUUUCUAUUUUUGAACUCCUAGGGCCAUCAAAAAAAUGUGAUGCAAGAGGGUGUAACUCCAUUGCCUUCUAUAGAAUUUUGCUUACAUGCAAACUACUUAAAAUUGACCUCUAUCUUAGGACUGGAUGAAGUAUGCUCAGUGUGAAAUAUUUUUUUUAAGCACUCCGGGGUAUAUUGCUUGGAAAUAUGUAGAUUUAUUUCUCAGCUUAAAAUACAAUGGUUCUACCAUUUAGAAGAAGGGAAUUUGUACAUGUGAGUUGCAGAAAGUAUUUUGUGCUAGUUGUGCUUACUAUGUAAUUGUUUUAUUAAUUGAAAUACAAUAUUGGUGUUUCUUAAACUCUGAGGUACCGGGCAAGAACAUGUUUUUGUUUUCUCCUGAAACUUGGCAAUAUGAAAAAAACCUCUUAGAGAAGAAAAUACGAUAAUUUGUCUUCAAUAAUGGCUAUUGGAGCCUGUGUAUCCACGUUCUUGGAUGUCCAUGAAGGGAUACAAAACACGAAGUCUGUAAGGUAGAUUGGUAUCAGCACUGUUCCUGGGACAUCCACCUCAUGGGAUCGCUGGACAUGCUCAUUCAGACCAGGCUGAUGAUAAAUACAAAGGGAAGGUAACAUGUGUUAAUGCAGAGCAUGGGCAGACACAGGCAGAGUGUGAUAUCGAGAAGCUUCAAGUCACCUCAGGGGAAAGCUGCCAGUGUUCACGGGAGGCCUGCUGCCUUUGGGGGCCCUGGGACAUGUUACUAGCAGGAUAAGUGCUCUUUGUUUCCUGUGGUUCUGGAAGCACCUUUUUCAUCCUUUCAAAAAGGCUUUGUGGUGUCUCACAUAGUCACAGUGGCUGCCUGGUCAGGUAAAAUUUUUUUAGAUUAGAUGUAUUUCUUUUGCAAUUUGCUUUGUGAGUUAGUUGCAAUUGUAUUUGACAAGUUCUGCGUACAGGCAGUGGUCAGAGCAGGCUGUUCAGUGCAGAUCUUGGACUGUAGAGCCGUUUUUCCUGCUUCAUCAGUGAGCCACUCUUUCCCAGGCACCAGUCCUUGCCCUCAAGCCCACCCCAGCUCAGAGCCCUUUUGUUACCCUUGCCCAGCAACAAUCUGAUGGAGGGAGGAAACUCCUUCCUUUUGGGGUGGACCGGAGUUGAAUGUAAUUUAUAUCAAACACCUGGGGAGGGCAAUGGUAUAAAAUCAGGGUUGCAAAGUAAUUACAGAAACUGGUUUCGAGGGUGUAGGGAAAAGGGAAGCUUGGAUGCUAAUAGGAAUUUACAGAGAAAUCAUUGUAGCACCUGGCUGUGCUGUGGGUGAGACAGGGACUCUAAGGAACAUGAAGCUGAGAUUUUCAUGUCACCUCUAAAUGUCUUAACAUUUCAUACAUUGUUUUCCUCUGGAACUUAGGAAAGGACUGGGAUGUGCUGUAGAGGCCCGGCAGGAAGAGAAGGUCCUGCUAUAGGAUCCCCAAAUUAAGGUGUGCUCUGCUCUACAAAGCUGUCGGAGAGCAGCUCUCCUGCAGUGAGCGCACAGCCCUGUCCUCUGCCAGGUGCUGUGUCACAUCUCUUCACACACAUCUCACUGCGUGGGAUUUCAGCUCAUAGUCGCUGAAGGGAAAGCUACUUACAAAGAGAAAAAUGUUCCUUUUCUAGUACUUUCUGGUGAAAUACAGCAUGGAUGCAAGACUCUAAUUUAAUUACAUAUAAUUGGAAAUUUGCUGCUUCUCUCCUUCCCAGAACUGUGUACUCAGAAGAGGAACUAUGCCAUCUUGCUAGUCUGUAAAGUAUUGCGCAGAGUAGCGGCACUUAACUUGUAAUUGUUGUAGCUGGAGAUUUUGUGGGAGGAUGAAAGGAGGCCUGCUGAUCUGAUGUCUUAGUGCUAUUAAUUGUGAGAGAUGUGAGAGGGAGGGCAAGUUUUUGGUAACUGUUUUAGGUCAGUUCUAAUCAAAAGUUUUCACUAUCAUUCUUUAAUGAGCAUUGUCAAAUUGGUGUCCUCAUUACAUGAAUGUAUGAGGAAUUCUCUGUGAAUGUGACAACAAUGCAAAAUAAAGCUGCUAAAUAUUCUGGAGACCAGUA